GGGCGGUGCUUCCGGCGCUCCGCGGGCGGCCAUGUUGGAGCGGCGGUCGUAGCGCGACGGCGGGUGUGGGUCUGGCAGCGGCCGGUAUCAAGGGUUGUUUUUCCAGAAAUUUGGACCUUUUUGAAGUGCCAGCUUGCCUAAUGCCAUGAAUAUUGCAGUGAACAAUGUGGAAGAAAAAGCUGUCCAUUCCUGGUCAAGAAUUUCCUCUGCAGGACAGAAAGUGCUGGAGGAAGCCCUCCGAGUCUUCAACCCGAUGUCCAAGGACCUUUCAGACACGGAGACCCAGCUGGUGGCUUUUAUACAGGGCCUGAAGGAGGAGGGCUACCAGCCCACAAUUCUGAGGAGUAAGGAUGUGUACGGGUACAGCUCGUGCACGGCGGACACGCCUAGCCAAACGAAAGAGAGCACCCCGCACAACUGCGCUGCUGCUGCUGCUGAGUCCGCCAAGAGUCCGGCUCGAAACACCGCAGCCGUGACAAAGGUCUCUGCUUCGCCCACCAGCAUUUCGGUGAACUCUUCGAAAGUUUCUGCUCAGCCCGUCUCUAAAGGGGACUCCACAAAUCUCCUCUUGAGCUCCUUGAAGCAGACGAGAUCUGGCACAUCCAAGGCCACGGCGGUGGGCUUCCCUACAAGCAUGUAUCCUGAUGUGUACCCAGCCAUGAGACUGUCAGUGGUUCUGGAAGCUCUGGUGCCACUGAAAACUACUGUAUCCUGUUUGGAGUCCAAGUACACACGAGGGCGUCUUGGGAUCUCACCCUCGGACCUUAAACUCCUCAAGGCUUCGAGUUCGCCAAGGCAGUUUUCUUCAGGCAAGACCACUAAAAUAACAGAAGGUAAGGGGUACAAGCGUUUGAUAAAGAAAGCGCCGGAUUCUGCCACCCUUGCUUUACAUCUUCUGAAGGGACCAAAGGGUGGAGUGCUGCAGGAGAGCAACGCUUGCAAAGCCUCGGGAGUCCUCAAUGGGAGAGUCACAGGCAGCUCGUCCCAGGACUGCACCACAGCACCGCAGUCCAAGGCCUUGAAAAUCAGAAAUAAGGAACCUCUGGUGGGAAAACCAGAGUGGAAGGACAGCAGCACUUACCAGGAGAGCAUUGGGCAGAAGAGGAAAAGAGCUACAGAGGCGAGAGAAGCCCCACAGAGGAAGAAAGCAAAUACCAUUCCUGUCCGAAAUAAAUCUCGACGUGCUCAGAGCACUUUGAACCUGCUGAAAUUCCGGGCCAUCAAGGUGGGCAACUCUUCUUCUGACGAUGAAGUGAGGAGGAGAGCACAGAAGAUCCUUAGGGUCAACUUGUCCCCUGUGAUCCGAAUUCAGCCCUUGUCCCGCUCUCACAGUGUUCCCUGAGUUUCUUCACUUUGUCACUUUUUUUUGUAAGUAAGUAAAUACUAGCCCGGCACCAGAGCAUGGAGAAGUUUAAGAGCAACUCUGGAUCUCUGGUGCCUGGUGACGAUAUGUCGACUAACCUGCAGACGGAGCAGCCUGCUCUUGCCCUGUUUCUGCCUGGCUACCGCUGCUGUGCAGAGCUGACUGCAGAAAUACAGAGCCCUGUUCAGGAACAUGGGAUGGUGAGACUCGCCCAUGGCAAGCCAAGCAGGUCAGAGGGCUCGCUUCCCAUGGGUGCUCUUUUGAACAUGGCAGGCUGCACUGUCGUGCAGGGUGAGAACACGGGACUUUCUCAUGACAUUGAUGCACUGUGAUAUUGCUCUUUUUUCAAGCUGUACAUUUACUGGUUUUAUUUUGAUCAAAUUUUAUAACUUUAUUAUCUAUAUAUCUAUAUAUCCAUAUAUGUGCAUAUCGCCUAGGAACUGUGGGAAGAUGCACUUCCUCCAUCCCUCUGGGAUUGGGUUUGAUAGCUUUUGUUCUCCCUCUCCUUCAGCCAGUCUUUUGUUGAAAGGUGCCAGGAUUUAUUUGCGAUUCAGCAUUGUGACAGUCUGCUUUGGGCUCUCUUGAGCAGCUCGGAGGUAGGCAGAGUUAUAGCCACUUAUUUCUUUCCAGAAAUGCCAAGCAAUUCAGAGAAUUACCAGCUGAUAGUUGACUGUAGUUUUAAUGAUAUUUUCAGUAUUACCUCUGCAUAAGAGCGGGGGACUGUUACAGGGAUGUUGCCUGCAAGUCUGCCUGAUGUCUCUUGGUGCCUCCUCCGUUUGCUGGUCGCAGAAGCUCUGAACUCAUGGCAGGGGUUUGCCUCCAAAGAGUGAUUCCUCCUCAGCAGCCAGUGUUGCUCCCCUCUCCUGUGUCCCAGGUGCAAACGUAGAACGUGAACUGUGACUGUUAGAGCUGAAGGGCUGGAGUUGUUAAUGAGAAUUGCAUAAAGUGCCCUGCCCACCAUGUAACUGCUUUGUUGUUGCUGGAUGUUUCAGGUGCAGGUUCUGGGUGCCAGUAGAGGAGACACAGGCUGUGUUUGAAUGUAUUAGAUACACCUUGCCAGUCCCAGAGGUCAGUGGGGUAUUUGAGCCUGAAUUAAAGCAGAAAAGCAGAAGGGUUGAGGGAAUAUAUGCCAACACUUAAACAUGGAGAGUUUCUUUCUGUCAGUUUGUGGGGGUGAAGCAGUAGGAGGGGAGAUUGGCACCCUGUGGCGAUGGGUGACAGCACCCUGUGGCAAUGGGUGAUGGCUUUGCUGUGCCGUCUGGGAUGUUGCAAGAAAGUGUGUGGCAGGUGUAAAAGCUCCCGGAGCACAGGCUCUGCCUGUCCCCAGGAGGCACUGCAGAACCACUGCAGAUGGCUGUAUCAGCCUUCCUGUGCGGUGCCACACUGUGGGAUGGGAACGCAGGCUGUGCGCUGGCAGAGGUCAGGUCUGCUCUGUUCUCUGCAGCGGGGGGUCUUGCACGCUCCAGGAGAAACACCGGGUCAGAGCGGUUGGUGCUGCAGUUGCCACCUGGGAGGGAUGGCCUCCAAUGAGCUCUGUUGGGAUACUGAACCUGGUGCCUUGGGGAGAGGGAGCAGUGUUCAGCCAGGUGCGGGCGCGGCUCUACACUGCCAUACGUUCAGAUCUCUGCAGCUGUGGGCUGGUAAUCCACUCCUCCUCUCACCAGCUCAAAAUACCAGUUGUCUGACCUAGUAAUCUCUGUGGAUGUUGGCUGAAAGGAUGAGCUCCCCUGGGAAGCCCCAGCCCCAGCUCCUUACAUUUCAGCACCUCUCUAGCACCUGGCUGGAUUUCGGUGCUUUGUAAAAGGGGUCAGUGUCAGAUCCCCAUCUCAGAGAGGAAUGCUGUGGCACGAGAGAAGAGAGGGGGUUCAUGAGGGGUUGAGAGGGCGGGGAAGCUGGGUGUCCUGAGGCACAGCCAGGGUUCUGCCCCCUUGCCCACAUAGGGUGGGGUGGAGGUUCUCCCUUAGGGGAUAAUUGCAGGCUCUGAAUCGCACACUCGGGUUCUGUGUGGUUUUACUGUGCAUAUCUGAGCUGCUGUCAGAGAUCAUAACUUGCAGUGUUUGAGACUGACCUGUGAAUGCCGCUGGUUGGCUGCAGAGGAGGAGGAAAUAUUUUCUUCUGCUUGUGUGUUUUUAAAAUGCCCUGGCAGAGGGUUCCUGUCCUGCCAUGUUGCUGGAUGAACAGGGACGCUCCAUCACUGUUAACCGGCCAAAAAUUGCUUUGUCCCUUUUGUUCCCAUCCUUCAGACCUUUCCCAUUCCCACGCUCUCAAAUGCCAGGUCUUGAAGUCUUGCACUGGAGUUUCUCUUUUUGGCUGUUUCCUGAGGAGGGCUCUGAACUCCUGCCUGUGGUAUCGCUGUCUGACAGGCUGCUCGGCAGCUUCCCCUGUUCCCAGCCCCAUAUAAGGGCACCGAGAGCUGUCUCUGGAGCCUCUUCACGGGAUGCAGAUAUCCCAGCUGAGUGGCUGGCCUCCGGUGGGAAAAACAACCAUGCAUCAGCAAGGCUGAAUUCAGGCCAAGGUUGCUUUUCCUCCAGCCUAAGCAGGAAGCUGAGCACCUGAGGCCAGCUUAUCUGGCCCCAUCCCUCCUCUUCGCUGUGUUUCUUCCCCCAGCCACGCUGCUGCCUGCCUCCCCACUCUUCUCCAUCAUAUCUUGUCUUUCACAGCUUGGGUCUUUGCCAGUCAAGGACUUGGCUUAUACUCUAGUUUAACAUAUCCAGCAAAAUAUACUGCCUUAGCGCUGCCAUGCCUUUCCAGGCACUGAGCUGAGUUCUGUGAAUGCUUGGUGGUGACAGCUCGCCUGGUGUCCUUCCCAGGCCACCAGCAAGAGGUCUUCUACUCCACAGGGAGAGGCAAGUGUUAGAAUCUCUUCUGUGUCACUGAGGCUUCUGCCAGGGAAGUGAGCACCCCAUAGCUCUGCGCUCAGGGACUUGCCUGUCAUCAGUCCAGUCUCUGUCAGCUCUUCUGCACGUCUCUAACAGACUGCAGGGUCCCUGAGCUACUACUGGGUAGUGCUGGAGCUUGAUUCUCUGCCCUUCUGAUGGCUCCUCUUCCUCGUUGCAGAGGGGAUUCAGGAGCCUGACCAGAAGGAUUGCAGCUUGUUAUUCACAGAGGAGCUUUAUGGCCCCUGGGGCCAAUGUCAGCAGCUGCUGCCUGUGAGCUCUUCCCAGGGAAUCCAGUGCCAGCAGAUAGGGUGCCUGCAGCCUGUUGGUGGUUGGCUCUGCCAUCUUUCAUCUCAUGGCUGGGUGCAGGUGCUUCCGGCAUCUCAGGCCUUCGAUGCUGAUGUGCAGGAGACUGCUAUGGACGCUGCUGUCUGGUGUUUAGGGAAGGUAAAGCGUUUGAUCAAACCAGACCUGAGUAAGACCUGAUCUAACUAGAGACCUCUCAGAGGUCCCUUCCACCCUGUUAUUCUGUGACAGCAGAGUGACACUUGUCUUCCAGGGACCUGCACAACAGUAACUGGCAGGGCACGUAGAAAUGCUUUGCCUGGAGAGUACUGUGGUCUCUGCUGAGCGUGCUGUGUGCAGGUUAUUCAGACCUGUUUCUGUAUUAGUCACUUUGAAUUCAUCCAAGUGCCUAACCUGGCUUGUGCUGUUCCUGGGCACCGUGACAGCUGAGAGCCUUGGAGACUCUCUUAGGAAUGCUUUUACUGCAUGGAUUUGUGCCACUGUCGCUUCGAGAAAUGAUUCAGCCAGCGGUCAAAGGGCUGUUCUUCCAACUGUGUUUGUGGAAAUCAUUUCUCCUUUCAUUCAGCUGCCAAGAAGCGAGAGUUUAUGCUUUGCCUCACCAGACAAAGUCCUUGAGCUUCCUGCAUGCUUCAGAUGUCCGUCAGCGAGGUCCAUGGGGAGAGAAGCUUGUCCGGCGGGCAGCUGAAGGGGAAGCUGACAUCAGAUACCAGUUGAAAUCACAUUGUUAAUAGGUAGAAAUGUUUUGAAGCUCAUGUCCACUGUGAUCAGAUUUCACCUUCUGCCACUACCUUCCGUUGAAGUUUCUCCUUGGCCUCUCCCCUGCAAGCCACGUAGUGUGAUGCUGCUGCUUCCAGACUGUUUGCAUCCCCCCCCAGAGCCAACUGCCGUAGCGAUCCUUGUACAGAAUUUCUUAAGCACUUUUCUGCAAAAUAAGGGAUUAUUUUGUUACUCCGGUUUUGUAGCCCACUAGUGGUAUGUUGGUGUGCGGAGGAGGUGUGCUCUGUGGAGCAUUGUGACUGCUCAUGUAGCUGGAUACUUCUCAACGCUCACAGGGGUGGGGGGCAGUGGGCUGAGACCCCUCAUUGCCUGGUGUUCCCUUGCACAGUGUUCAGCCAGUCGCCAGCUCAGACCAUUGCAGGGGAGUCAGGAGCAGAACAGCAUGGGUGGGUGAUGCUGUGCGCCUGGCUCCAUGGCCCUGCUCCGUAGCCGCCCCGUUCUGCCACGUGUCCUCUGGGCCCCCCUCACACAGCAGCAGUACUUCUCCACCGAUGGAGCUGGUGGAUGUCCCCCAGCUUCAGCUGUGGCAGGAGGGGUUGGGGGACUUUAUGUUUUGGGCUUGAGCACAGAAUUUGGGCCCUUUCAGCCGUGACUUGUGCUGUGUUCGUGGCCAGACCUUGCCAGCAUGUUUGGGGGUGCAGGCACUCCAGCUGCUCACCCCCUUGGGUCCAAGUUCCCUGCCCUGUGUGGGAGCUGGACUUUUGGCCACAGGACAAGGGACAUGGCAGGGCAGAGAACAAGUUUGUUUAUCAGCUGCAGCUGGACAGUGUCACACAAGCUGGGCAACUUCCUGGGCAGGAGGGCAGGUUUAGGUAGGAGGAUCCUUGUUUCAGCCGUUGUUGGCAGGGUCAGUGCCCAGCUGUGUGGAGGCCCUGCUGCUCAAGCAAGUUGGUUGGUUUGAGUGGAAGUGACAGUUUCUGUUUCAGUCUUCAAAAUGUCACUGGUCUGUUUGCUUCUGUGGUCAGACAGGGAUUGCUUUUGGGCAGCUGGGGUGGCCUGAGGAGAGGACAGCUGUUCUGGGGCACCUCACCUUCCUGAUGGCGCUGCAGCCCUUGGAUUUGCGAGCUGGGUGGACUGGCACCAACUCUUGAGAGGCAGCAGGGCAGCUUGCUCCCAGGCCCCUGCAGUCGGUGCUGUGCUAGAGAGCACCAUGCUCUGGUUUCCCUCUCCUUGCAGCCUGUUCCUGCCUGGAGCUGUGUGCCAUUAGGAUGGCACCAGGUGCCUUGCUGGCUGGUAGAGCAGAGACCUGGUCCCAGAAUGCAGGAGAGAGAGACCCAAGUGUUGAGUGAGCCCUGUCUGUGGAUGUGGCUGCACUAGUGCUCGCAGCUUGGCCAGCUGCUGCCUCCAAAGCUAUGGUGCUGAUGCUGGACUCCUCCAUUUCCUUAGGGAGACCAAGGAGGACUAGUCAAAAAGUGAGAAACUGGGAUUAGGGGAAACCAAAGACACCAGCAGCGCCUGGCUGGCCAGCUUCUGCUGCAGGAGGAGAUCUGCAAGCAGAGGAGACAGGUCUGUGGUGUACCAGUAGCACUUCUUCCACUGACCCUGCCCAGCUGAUGGAGCCUGUCCUGCCCCAUCUGGCAGCACUCUGCAGGCACUGGUGCUGCAGGCUCUGGGGCAUGGGCGACGGGGUGCCCUUUUGGAGCAGGUGCCCCUCCUAACCCUUGGUUUUUGCCCUUCAUUGGUUGUACAAACUAGCCCUGCUUGGGUGGCCGCAGGGAAGGUAAGCUGCUCCCUGGCUUGCAGAGCCACCAUGGUUGUGUGCUGACUUGUACCUUCUGGAUGCCCUCCCGGGGGGUAGCACUUCCUCUGAUGAGCAUCUGAAAUACCUUCCCCUGCGGGGAUGAUUAGGCCUUGCCCCAGGAGUCUCUUAAAGGCCUUAUUAUCAUCUGGGGCUCUCUCCUUGUUGUCUUAAUUAGCCCUUUCAGUUUCUGUUGCUACAGGCAGCCCCUGUGAGAGUCUGGUGAUUCCUGCAGGCACAGUCAGACACGCGGUGCUGUUGUAAAAGAGAAGGUGCUGAAAAGCUACCCCCAGAAAUACCUCCCCUCCUGCCCCUGCUCUGCCAUGCUGCCCAGGCCUGGGAUGGGUUGAAACGAGUGUCUUUGGCAGGGCAGGGGCGGUGUGUGAUGCCAUUCCCUCCUCCUGGUUCCUGGUGCAGCACUCCUCAGGAUUAGCAUUUCCUGAGCAGAGCAGAGGCACAGCAGCUGCUCUGUGGUACAUGGGGCUCUGGGCGGGCACUGCCCAGCCCCUCACGCUCGUCUCUGCCAACCGUCAUCUCUAAGAGAGCCGUCUCCACGACGCAGCGUGACUGACCUGCUCUGGCUGGGACAGGUGCCGCAGGCAUCCCCCGGCCUUUGGGGGUCCUGAGCGAUGGCCAGGGAGCAGCAACUGCAGCCCACAGGAGCCCGACAAAAAACUCUGUUACCGCGAGUAACAAACUUUUGUAUGGUAAAAUUUACAACAACUGACCAUCUUGUUCUUGAGUGAACUUUUUACUGUUUCAUUUGUUUGUGUAGAAUGUUUCUGAAGCUAUAUUAAUAUUUAAUGUUUAAUAUGAGGCUGGGCUGCUCCACACUCAGUGUUGUAUAUUUUGGAAUGGCAUUGUUUGGUGAAAAGACAGCAUUAGUAUUAUUCCGUUCUUUGGAGGGAAUGGGACAAAAAACAGACUGUCUUUUUUCUUAAAUGAAGUGAACUUUUUGUUAUGAAGUCCUUGCAGGUGUCCAGCCCUUCAGUAAAAUGGUGCUCAGAACCA